CACUACGAGUAUUAAUAAUACUCCUUGCUAGAAAAUGGCCUCCCUCUCUUCCCUCUUGCUUGCGUCGGUUUUCCUCCUUGCUGGCUCAGCCUUCUUCUACCGCUACGACAUAGGCAGCGGCAACAAGACCGGCGGCACAACCACCACGCACCUUCACUUUUACAUGCACGACGACUACACAGGCCCACGCCCUACCGCGAUGCGCGUCGUGUCCGGGCGGGCCAUAUCCACCGGCGACGACGCCACGGCGCCGCGGCAGUUCGGCGACAUCGUGGUGCUCAACAACGCGCUGACGGUGGGGCCCAGCGGCGGCAGCGCGCGGGUGGGCACGGCGCAGGGCUGGGCCGUCCGCGUGUCGGAGGGCGGCAUCGUAUCGGACCUGACGCUGCACCUGGUCCUCGAGGCCGGCGAGCACCGCGGCAGCUCGCUGACGGCGAGGGGCCGCAUCGACAUGGACGCCACGGUGCGGGAGUCGGUCCUCAUCGGCGGAACCGGACGGUUCCGGUACGCGCGGGGCUACAUGCUCACCAAGAACUACGACUACAGCCUCGCCACCGGCGGCGUCGUCGAGAUCGACGUCUACGUGCAGCACGACUAGCUAGCUAGGCGCGUCGCCCGUCACCGUCACCGCGAUCUCACGGGUUACUUGUAAUUGCUCGUAUAUUUUCGCUGCCUUCGUAUUUGACGCCUGUGCGUGCUCCAGUAAUCAUGUUGCUACUUUUUUUCGUUGCUAUUCAUGUGCAAGAUACACACGUGGUGUAUAGUAGCGCGUUGCCGCCGGUGCGUGCUUUCACGUGUUAACCUGUUUGGCAAAUAAACCCCUGUAAUAUGUUCGAUGAUGA